AUGGUUGGCCACGACCAAGCCGCGCGCCGCACUGGGCCCAGUAAGAUCAUGAAGGCCGUCGCCGGUCUCGGCAACAGGGACAGCUCAUCCGACUCUGAUGGACCGACCGCCAAGAAUUCGGUGAGCAGCACAUCAGCCGCCGCCGCCGCCAAGGCUCCGAGGGCUGGCUACCGCCACAUGCUCAAGCGCGGCGACUUCAAACGCGCGCCCGAGGUCAACCUCAAGGCCGCCGGCGAGGUCCAGCGCAGCCAGAUGUCGGAGCCGCUCAGGCUCGUCGCGAGGGAGAUAUCGCCCAGCGGCUGGGUCUUCACGCCGUGGGAGAUUGUGCUCAAGUACCCGAGGCACUUCGUCGGUAACGCCAACCGUGGGCCCGCGUCGCCCUACUUCCAGGCACCCGCCGUGCUCGACAACCAGAUCUGGGACUUCUUCUACAUACAGCCGCUCGCGCUUGACGAGAAGCCCGUGCUCCUGGUCCCCGUCGCCAACGUGAACCACCUGCUCGACUACGUCAACGCCGCCCUGGGCAUCCGCCUGACCGUGCCCGUGGGCGACAGCGCCGCCAAGUUCAACGUUCAGUUCGGCAUCGGCAACACCCCGCGGCCCCGCUACCUCGGCCGCUCGGCCAGCUCAGCCGACUUUGACCGCCUCCGGGAGGAGCUCUCGUCGAUGCGGCCCACGACCGAGCCGCUCGAGGGCGCGACCGGCCAGGCCAUCGAGCUCUUCCGCGAUCUCGUCGACGGCCUCUGUCGCUUCUCUGACAACAAGAACGGCGCGGCCAAGAAGAAGAAGAAGGCCCGCCAACGGGUUGCCGCACGCCAACAGUGGGGUCGGGCUACUAAGCGGGUGCAGCGCUACCUUGGCAUUCGCCAGAAAACUAGGGGCAGGAACACUAUACCCAGAGCUAAGGACAGCAACACGGGCGGGACUCCGGAUAUUUCAGGUCUGACUCUGAAGCAGCAAAAGCCUGACAUCAAGCUCGUGUGUGUGGACGUUGAGACAUACGAGCGCAGCCAUGACCUUGUCACCGAGAUCGGUUUCGCUGAGCUCGACACUUCGAGACUCCGUGGCAUCCCGCCCGGCGAUGGUUGCCAAAACUGGUUCUCUCUGAUCCAGGGAUCCCACUACAUCAUCAAGGAGAACAGCUGGGCCAAGAACGGCAUCCAUGUCGAGGACAAUCGGAGAAACUAUAGCUUCGGUACCUCCAACGUCGUACCCCUGAGGACCAUGCACAAGAUUGUCGAGAAAACUCUUGGGCGGCGGGCCCUGAAGGCCGAGUACGAGCGAUCCGAUGAGGCGCAGCUUGCGUCUGUCGUGCUGGUCGGGCACGAUAUUGCAGCGGACAUUGAGCACCUCCAGAAGAUCGGAUACGACGCCCGCAAUGCUCCAAGGAUCGUCGAUGUCAUCGACACGGCACAGAUGCACCAGCAUUGGAGGCGCGAGAAGAACCCGGCUAGUUUGGGACGCGUGCUGGCCGGUCUGGAGAUCUCGCACCGCUACCUCCACAAUGCUGGAAACGAUGCAAUGUACACUCUUCAGGCGUUGCUGGUGCUGGCCAGCAAGGCCCGCCAGGACAGUUUUGACCGAACAGCAGGCAAGAAGACGGCCAGAGACACUCAGUCGGUGGAUGAUAGUGACGGCGGCUGGAGCACAGGUGGCGAGCUGAGUGAUGGAGGCGAUGCUGUCGGCCUUGAAAGUGAACGCGAUUGAGCAGUCGCGACACGGACACAUCAGGCAGUCAUCGCCAGCCCCCUCUGGUGCGACGAGACUGCGAUAAUCCAUGGAUAUUGCGGCUGAAAAAAAAAAGACGAUGAAAAUCACCCACG